CGCGUCAUUAAUGUAUGUAUCUACUCUACAACUCCAAUGGACGUGAACUCUAUCAUCCAAGCUGUGCAGGAAGCCUCGAUGGAAGGACUAGAUUCAUUUGCUCGUUCGCUGAUACAAGAACGGCUCCCUACCGACUAUAUCGAAACCCUCAGUGACAAGGAUAAGACGGAUGUGUUACGCGCUUGCCUGCUCGUGUACAUCCUCACGGCUACAACCAUUGUUCCACGAGUAUUCCAGCUAGAAGCCAUUCUUGCAACAUUGAAUGGCCAUGACAGCAUAAUUACAGCCGGUACAGGCUGCGGAAAGACCUUGUGUCUCAUAAUUCCGAAUCUACUUCGUCCAGACACUAUCAGUGUGACGAUUUCACCUCUGAAACGUCUCCAGAUCACACAGGUGAAUGAAUGCAUGAAAUACGGCAUAUCUACAAUAUCAAUCAAUGAAGACACCCCAAAUGAU